UUACAGUUUUGACUCUUAAGCACCACCCUGCUGUACGCCGAGCUUCUGUACACAGAGACAGACAGAGACAGAGAGAGAGAGAGUGAGAGCAGGAGGCAGGAGCAGGCAGGGGCAGAAGACAGGGGCAGAGAAGCCGGGUGCGAGUCACACAUCUGGAGCCAGACAUGAACACGCUACAGCCGACCAUCUUUUCGGCGAAUUUCUCUACAGCGGUCUUACCCGACGCCAACAAUGAUUCCGACUGUCCCGACACCAUUUCCUGGGACAUCUUCUCCUCCACCCUGCACAUCUACAUCUUCAUCAUCUCCGCUUUGGGAAUCCUCCUCAACGUCUUCGUCCUUUUGGUCUUCUGCCUCCACAAGAAACCCUGCACCGUCGCCGAGAUCUACCUGAGCAACCUGGCCGCCGCCGACCUCGUCCUGGUCUCCUGUCUGCCGUUCUGGGGCGUCAACAUCUACAACAACUUCGACUGGCCUUUCGGAUUGUUCCUCUGCAAAGUGGUCAACCUCGGGAUCAAGAUGAACACCUACUGCAGCAUCUACUUCUUGGUUCUUGUCAGCAUCGACCGCUACAUCGCUUUGGUGCACGCGAUGUCGCACGGGAGAAUGCGCCGACCGAAGUACGCGAAAAUCGGUUGCUUGCUGGUUUGGAUUUUUGGGCUAGUCUUGGAAAGCCCGAUGCUGAUAUUCCGUAAAGUUGAAUACAUCGCUGACUACGACGUGACCGCGUGUUUUAUAGAUUAUCCACACGAGAAAUUUGCGUUGUUUUGCGACGUCAUGCUCACGAUUCUUGGCUUCCUUAUCCCGAUUUCUAUCAUAGCGUAUUGUACCCUGAAGAUAAUCCAAGCUUUGAGCAACAAGAGUAUGGACAGGUUCCACACGGAGCGUACGGAGAAGAAAGCCACCACUCUGAUCCUGGCGGUUCUCGGGGCGUUCCUGAUCUGCUGGGUGCCCUUCCACUUGAUCUCGAUCCUCGACGUCCUCUGCAGAGCGAAGGUCAUACUAGAUUGCUUCACCAGUAACGUCGUGGAGUUCUGCAACCAGAUCUUCACCUACUUGGCCUUCUUCAACAGCGUCCUCAACCCCGUCCUGUACGUGCUGGUGGGGAAGAACUUUAGGAAGAAGAUGUCGGAGGUGUUCAACCAGUGGGCGAUAGUGAGGUCGGUGACGUCGGACUCCACGAGGUCGCACCUGUCGUCCACGCUCAAGACUUCAGUGUGACGAGUAACGAAGGGAUAACGUAGAAGACUGAAGCUGCACACUGUCCAACCACGAAGAUGCUGGUUAUAACGAUUGGUUUAUGAAUGGUUUAAAGAGGGGGUAUUAUCCUAAGUCGACGUUUUUGGAGCUUUCCUUGCAUGUUUGAGUAAUCUAGCGAUCUCUCCUGGGCCCAAUUCGAACCCUACUUAACAUUAGCAGUGCAAUGAUACCAAACAUUGCGCUACAACUUCACAAACCUGAAGCAAUGUGCAGUAGUUUCAUUAGUGGGACGCAUUAAGGGCAGUGACAAGAAUGAAACAAAAACUGUAUUAAAUAUUAUUACCGUAUUUUUCAGAUAAUAAGGCUCACUUAAAAUCCUUUAAUUUUCCUCAAAAAUCGAUGCACUUUAUGUAUUAAUUCUGGUUGUGUUUACUAACCGCGAACUGAUUUUAUGUGGGACAUGGCGCUCAAAAAUCUGUCAAAAUGUUUUAGUAUGACUUUGGUAAAACUACGAAGACACACCGCUUGAUGGAUUGUCGGAGCAUCACGGCUGCCAUAGUCAGGAGUUUUGCGGUGUCGUGUCCUUUAGUCUGACAGAAGCUGAAUCGCAUCAGCGCAAAAAGAAAGAGCUGUUUUUUUCAGCGCUUUAUCGUUUUAUGCAAAUGAGCCAUGUGGUUUUAAGUUUUGUUUCUGUAAAAUGUAAACAAAUGUGCGCAAAGCUGCAUUAAACACAUUAUUACUCGAUGUAUAUUUGAGUCAUCCUCAUAGGAAAUAAAAAAACAAACUUAAACAAUCCACCCACUUUCACAUUCAUAAUACACAUUCACCAAGACAGGGAUUUAACGCUGGGCAAAUUACACCACGAUCUGCCGAUCGUGGAUCGUCGCCUGGACUAAAAUCUGUCUGAAGUGUCGCCCAUUUGUUUCACUUAAUGCGCCUUAUAAUCCAGUGUGCCUUAUGUAUGAAAAUAGACAAGCGAAUUAAACAAUAUUGAUAUUGCACCUUAUAGUCUGAAAAAUACGGUACAUACUUUUUGGCGAAUGCUGCAUUUUCAAAGUGAUAAAAGAAAACGUGUGUAACCUCAUUCAUCCAGGAGUGGUUCGAUGUAGGGAAGGUUUCAUUGGUGAUCAUCUGGACACUGUUUUUGUGAUCAAGACAUUUCAGCUCCAUCCAGAAGAAAUUUUACACGAUGGUCCUGGAUUGAGACACAAGGAUUUGACCGAGUCCAACUCCAAAGGAAAGAGUUUUAGAGUGAAACUACUCUAGUAUUUUCUGUCUGACCUACAGUAGAUUGGUGCUAUUCGGAGUGAACACACAGUAGUUGUAGUAGCAAAAUACAUUUUAACAUGUCCUUAAACAUAUUUACUGUUAUAAUUAUCUGGCCCUAGUUUCAGUCAGCACUGGCAUUCUUCUCCGGUGCCUCCCCUCACUGUCCAGUCCUCCCCUCAGUGUUUAUGUCACGAUGACCUGUGUACAUCCGUCUGUAUAAAACUCCUUCUUCUACCUUCUCUGUGGCUACGUUCAGACUGCAGCCUGAAGUGACCCAAAUCCGAUUUUUUGGCUCCUAUGUGACCUGUAUCUGAUCUUUUAAUGACAGUCUGAACGACACAGAUCCGAUUUUUUUCAAAUGUGACCCAGGACACUUCAAAAUGUGCUCCUAAAACUGAUACAUAUCCGAUCUUUUGACAUGCGACUUCAGUGUGAACGGCCAAAGCGCAUCCAUCCACCUACACGUCAUCAACAAGACACAAACGUCACUAUUCUGCGCUGAAGUCAGUGAAAAUUGUUCAUGAACUCCGUGUCAUUGAAGCGAAGCACAUCUCCACUCACCACUCUUGGCUCCGUCUCCACAUCCACACGUUCCUUUCAACGGACGUCGCUGCCGCUGCCCCACAAAUCACCACGGCCAAAAACCUCGUCCUUCUCCUUCUCAGUCUCCUUAAAACAAGUAAGUUGUUCAUGUUCUGGCUCCGGUACGAGAGGAACUUUAGGUGCUCAAUGCUCGCCUCCAUGUUUGAACAACUUCCGUAAACACAGAGACGCUCGCUGCGGUUGACGUCCUCGUGUCUCCAGUGCACAUGCGGGACACUUUCGGGCUGUUUAAUGUUCACACUGGAGUCACAUACAAGUCACACUUAAUUGGAAAUGUGAACGACCUCGCAAAAAACAUCGGAUUUCACGAAUAAAUCGGAAUUGAGCGUUAAGCCCUGCAGUCUGAACGUAGCCUAUUUGCUCUUUCUCUUGCGACAGAAUAAACCACACAAAGACAA